AUGUCAGAAAGUUUGAUGGGAGAUAAAUUAUUCCGACUGUCAUCUUUUACAUUCAAGUUGAAUUGUAUUGGACAAGCUACAUUCGCUCAAUGUGCUGGAUUUGUACGUGUCAAACCCACCUAUUCUACAACUACUUUAGAUGGGACUAAGGAUGUUGAAAUGAUUUCUAUUUCGAGUGGUGAUGAUAAUGAUGGUGAUGAUUUAACUUGUGAUACUCAAAUAACCAAUAUUUUCACUGGUAGCACUAAACGUAAACAUAUAUCUAAUGAAUCAAACAAGAAAUGUAAAAAACGACGAAUUAUGGACGUAACAGUUACUGAUCAAUCCGAUGUGAAUUGUUUUAAUCCAUUAGACCAGACUGCUGUUCAUCCUGAUUCAUAUGAAGUUGCAGCAAAUAUUAUUUCAUUGCUCCAAUUAAAUCUGACAGAUGUAGGGUCGAUGAAAAUGAGAACAGCCGCAACACAGUUUAUGAUCAGUGAAGAUAGAGAUAAACGACUUGAACAGUUUUGUUCGAAAACUGUUGGACUUGAUACUUUACGUGAUAUUCUCGUAGCACUAACACGUCCUUUGGAUUUCGAUGAGCGUCAAGACUGUUUUACUCCAUUGUUUCAUUCGACCGUAAUGAAAAUAUCGGAUUUACGUAAAGGUAUGCAAGUGAAAGGUCGUGUAGAGAAUGUCACUACUUUUGGUGCAUUCUGUGACAUUGGUGUUGAAGAAAAUGCCUACAUUCCAAGACAUGAAUAUCCUCGAAAUUGUUCAACAUCUAACCUAAAGAUUACCAGUGGAACGUCUACCACUGGGAUUGGCGUCAGUGAUGGCGGUGAUAUUCAUCACAAAAUGUUCACUUUACGUUUAGGUGAUCGAAUCAAAGCUACUGUAUCGAGUGUUGAUAUUAAGUAUAAACGAGUUGCAUUGCAUAAAGUUUUUGUAAUGACAUAAAUAUGAUUGUUGUUUUAAUCACUGAGAGAGGAGAUUCAAAUAGACGUUGAUGUACAGCAUUUCUAC